AUGGGGAGGGAGAAAAAGGAGCCGUCGUCGAAGUCCAAGCAUGAGGGGGGCGGGGAGCGCAGAAAGUCGUCAAAGAACAGCAGCAGCAAAGGAAGCAGCAAGUCUUCUUCUUCCAAGUCCAAGUCCAGCAGAAAGUCAAGCAAGAAGUCAAGCAAGUCGAGCAGCAGCUCCUCUAAGGAGGUUGAAAAAACCCAGCAACCUACAGUUGUGCCCGAGACUUGCGAGACAGCCGAGAAGGAGGAACUGAAGCCAGAGGUAGUUUCCGAGCACGAGGAGUCGGAGCGAGAGGUGGUUCCGGCGCCGGAAAAAUCGAAGCCAGCGGUCCCCGCGGAGGCACCGCCCUCCGAGGUCAGCUGCCAGGAGGAGAAGCCCGUCGUAGUCGAGGCACCUGCCGUAGUCGAGGCCCCCGCGGUCGUUCCGGAGGAGGCCCCUAAAGAAGAGGCAAAAUGCCCAUCCCCCGUCGAGGUCAGCGCCCCUGAGCAGCCCGGGGAGGACGAAAUUUAUGACCCAGAAAAAGUCCACGAAGACGAAUCGCCCGUAGUUGGCGCGGCGGCUGCGGCUGCAGCGGCCGUGAAACCAGCGCCGCGGGGGCAGGGAGAGGACCCCGUCUUCCCAGGGCAGCCGUCUCAACCUGACCUUCCCUCGUGCACCAGGGGGUCGCCUGCGGGCGCCUCAACCCUGGUUCCGCGGCCACCGACGGGGCCCGGGGGGCUGGCGGCCCCUGGCGCGAGCCACUCGCCGUCGCCGCUGGCGGUCGGCGUGCGCAACGCGCCAGGAGGAGGAGGUCCUGCCCUGGCGGGCGCCAAGCGCGUGCAGCAGGGACCUGAGAAGGCCGCGGCGGGGCGCCAUCCAGGCACCGUGCUGAUGGGCGACGGCUCGUACGAGAAGGAGAGAAAGGGCAAGAUUCAGUUUGUGAGCAUGGUCAGGACGUGUGCAGGGCAGGCAGAGCCCGAGAGCGGAGGCGCUUUCCGCACAAACUGCCCCCCGUGCUUCUACGUGCACGACGUCGUCGGUCUGGUGUGUCGGCGCCCGCCCGGGGGAGGCGUCCCGGAGAGGUGGACUGACUUCGAGGACAUGAAAGACGAACUCGUCCUGGAUCAGAUCCACAAGGAGUGGGCGAAAAAGACGCCUGAGGAGGCCAGAGUCACCUACGCAGCAGUCAACCAGGAGGUCGCGGCCAACGUGUCUAUCUUCCCCUGCAAAACGUUUCUCUCACGGAACUUCUCUGAAGCGCUACCAGAGGGCGUCCGCCCGUUCUUGCCCGCGCGCCUGCAGCAACGCAUCAACCGACGGAGGAGAAUGCUGCGCAAAGAGAAAGCCCGAGCUGCAGGGCUCGAAUGCGAGAGCGACAACAGCGUGGAGGAUGACGACGACGAGCAGUUCUACGGCGCCAGUGGGAGUCGCGCGGGGACCAAGGCGGAGGGCGCCGCUAGAAAGGACCCCGAGAAGCAGGCGGCAGCUGAAGUGAAGGAUGAGGACAAGAGUGCAACCCAAGCGUCUGAAGAGACGGAGGAGUCCGAAAAGAAGGAACAGGAAGGCGCAGCGCAGGAGAGCGAGACGCCGGCAAAGGAGGAGACGAGCGCCGCAGACAAAGAGGGAGGAGAGGAGGGCAAGAACUCGCAGUCUUCCGCGGCUGACGCCUACGAGGAGGAUUCCACAUUCCUCGGAAAUGGCGGAAAAGUUGUAGCAGUUGUCAACCUCUGUAUGACUGAACGCUACUACCAUCAGCCUGCGCUCCGACGCGAGGGCAUAGAGGCGUACUGGAUCAAGGUGGAAGGAGGCGGCGAUAUUCCAGACGAUAAAGUGUUCUCGGUUUUCCUCCGCCUCAUUGCGUACAUCGCGCACAAACACUCAAACAUGCUGCCCUACCCGCCGGAGACGUACAUGACAGGGUGGUAUGCAUCUGGUCGCGAAAAGCAGCGAAAGGGAGACGAGUCAGUGUCCGUGGUAGAAAUCGCUGGCGGGCGCGCCGUCUCCUGUGACAAAUUCACGAUUGUGGUUCACUGCACGCACGGAGUUAAUCGCACUGGACUCUUUGUUGCCCUACUCCUCAUGACCCUCUUCAACUGCAGCGCGGAGUUCGCUGUGAAGGCAUUCGAGACCAAGCGCGGACCGGCGCUUUCCAAGGAUGUUUUUGUGAACUGGCUUCGGCAAAAGCGUGAAGCGGGCAUCCCCGAGGCCUUCAUAUCGGCUUUGAGGCCGCCAACUAUUUCUGAGGUCUUUACACGUGUGCAGAAGCAACUGCAGGACAGUGCAGCGAACGAGGAGGGCACGGCGGUCGACGGUACGGAGUCGACUGUUCCAACUCCUCAGGCUCUUAUCCACGCUCUAGAAUGCGAGAGAAAGGAAGAAAGCGGACGUCAGGAACGGCUGGAGGCGCACCUGACGCGCAUGCGACAGAUGCGUGCGGAGCGCAGUGCGAAGAAAGCGGCUCAGGCGACCAAGGAAGACAGGGCGGCUGCAAAGCCUGCUGCAGGCGCAGAGGCAGGUGCGACGGAGAAGCAGGGAAACCAGGCUGCCGACAGCAGCAGCGAGGAAAAACCAGCUGCCGCACAGGAAGCAACUGUUGCAGAGACGGCCGAGGAAGCCCAGGAGACUGAAGACCUGCGGCAACAACGAGCCAUGCAGGUGCCUGAACUCCCUGAACGCCUGCCGGCAGAUGGUAUUGUCCUCUUUGGGCCCAUCCAGAGUUCGCUGCUAGCGCCGGAAGAGCUUCUUGUGAACUUGUUGUCAAGCAAAGAGGGCGUCAAAAUCAGCGCGCUUGACGUUAUGACAGGAGACAGUCUGAGUGCUGCCCCAGAGCCGUACCCGAGACUCUUGCCUGCACUUCGCGCUCGCCGAAGAGAAGGCAACGAAAAAGGGCGACGUCCGGGCGAGGGAGACAACAUACGCAAGCGCAAGGGCAGAGUCGGCAAGAACGGCGCAUCAGCUGAAGAAUGUAAGGCAGCAGACGCAAAGGGUACCGCAGAGGGAGCUGAGAAGUCCGAGGACAGUGCCGUCAAGGAGCAGGGGAAGGAGACUGGCGUUAAGCAAGAGGACGCGGCUGAGAGCAAGCAGAAAUCCGAACAGGAACAAGUCAAGAACGAGGAGUCUAUGGAAGACGCGAAGGGUGAACGUAUGGAGAGCAUGCCGGAGGAGGAAGAAGAGGAGCAGAAGGAAGGCGACAGAGACGAUGAGUCUGAGGCCGGAGACUUAUCCGAAAGUGCAACAGAGCAAGACACUCCGGCUGCGAAGAAACGCCGCCUCGAGGCAAAGCUGGAGGUUCCAGCGGAUGCGGCUGAGGAGGCGGACGAAGCAGCUGCUGUCGCAGCUGACAGCGCAGCAAAGGAUUCCGCGGAAGGUCCAAACCAGAAGGGAGCAGAUGCGUCAGAGGCCAAUAAGGGUGCGUCUGCCUCAGACGCGCCUGAGAUUGCAAACCCCGACAAGUUGAGUGUGGCUGAGUUGUAUUCCAAAGGACAAGGGCAAUUCACUCAACGACAGCUCGCCUACAGGCUUCUCCAGUACCGCGAGGAAGACCCGCUUCGUCUCCAUUACAUUGCCAAAGUCCAGUGCGCAGAUGUCGCCACCUUUGAAUGGCUCCUGUCUCACCAUUUUGGACGCAUGCGCCAACAGGCCGUGCAAGCCUACCCGUCCUCGUUGUACUCGCUUCUGUAUCGCCGGGGGAAACGUAAGGAUAAGGAAGUGUUUGCGCGAACUGCGGAGAAGGCGGCCUCUGAAAACGCGACGCGCGCUCGGGGAAAAGCGGCGCGGCGCGGGCCUGGGGGAGGACCUGCAGGGCCUUUUCCUGGUGGUCCCUUCCGCCCGCCCUUCCCAAGCGCCAAGGGGCAUCCCGAUGGGCUGCUGCCCCGCCCCGGGGGUGCCGGGACCCCCGGGUCCUUUCCCCCGCCUCCUCCUCCAUUCAAGGCCGGCGUCCCCGGUGGAGUGGUCCCCCCCCGCGGUCCGCCCCCCUGUCCUCCCGCAGCUCCGCCGCCUCCCCCCUUCUACGGCGCGGCCGGUCCAGGCGUUCCGCCGCCGCCAGGCCCCGGGGGCCCCUCCUUCGGGGGGCCUCGCGACGGCCACCCUGUGCAAGGAGGUCCGCCAGUGUAUCCUCCGAGGCCUUUCGAGUCUUGGGGCGGAGGCUCUCCAGGCGGUAUGAAAGUCCCUGGAUACGGCUCUGAACAGGGUGUAAGACCUGGCGAAACGAGUGGGUUUGGCGGAUUUGAAGGACGGGACAGAGGAUUCUACGACGGCAGAGAUCCUGGCAGCUUUCCUCCCGGUCCCGGGUUCAGCGGGGGCCCUCCUGGCGGAAAUAACGGAGACUUUGGAUUCCGUGGCGAGAAAGGCCCACGCGGUCCUGGCGGGUUCGAAGGCGCCCGCGAUGGCUUCCGCAGACCAGGAGGUAAUCCGAACGAGCUUAGCCCCUACAUGCGAGGAGGUCCAGGCGCGGCUGGAGGGUCCUUUGGGGGGGUGGAUCGUAUACACGGUGACCGCCAGUACCCGUAUGGCGAUCGGGCGCCUCCACUGGAUGAUCCAAUGAUGAGGCAACAGGGCUUCGUGAACAGCGAGAGGAUGAACGCUGGAGUUGGCGAGCGCCCUGGCUACGGAUUCGGGCGGGAGCGUGAUGAGGGCAGCUAUGGUAGGAUGCGGUACCCCGGAGGCGAGGAUAUGCCUGGUGUUGCCGCGCGAGCCUUUUCCCAGGGGAGAUUCAGGCGAGCGCCCUUCCCAGACGGACCAGAGGAUCAAAUGCGCGGCCCUGGAGAAUUUGAUACAAGAGGACGAGAAGAGUUUGACCGCGGCUUCGGGCCUGCAGGCGCGGGCAGAGGUGGAUUCGACGCCGAUAGACAUCGAGGUCCCAGGAUACUGGGUGCCGACGGAUCUGGCUACGGCAACAGAGGUUUCGGUUUCCGUGAUGGUCCGCAGGGUGUCGACCGCCCCCCCGCUGGAGGCCCUGGACGUGCUGGGGGCUUCUCCGGAGAGGGACCCGGCGAGAGAGCCGCGGAAAGGAAUAUGUGGGACGGCGAUGCUCAGGGCCGCCGGCAGGAAGAUGGCCUGGGUUACCAACGAGGGGAUCGUGCGGGCUUUUGGGAUGGUUUUUCCGCCGGUUGUCCUCGAGGUGACGGCGAUGCGAUCUUCCGACCGCAAGCAGGUCCCCCCUCCAAUUUCGGAUUUGGACCAGAUCGAAAUUCGGAGAGUUAUGCUGGCAAGCCUGAACGGAAUGGAGCCCUGGGUGCAUUCCGCAAUGGAGAUUGCCGUGGUCGGGAUGCAGAGAACACUGGUGCUGGCGGCCAGCAGAGCCCUGCAGGUGUCGAUGAACGAGCCGGUGCAGAAGAUUAUGAGAAAUUCGGAGGGAACUUCCAGGGCAGUGGCUUCAGCAACUUUGGUGCUGGAAUGGAGGAUGGCGGCUUUUUCGGCAGAGGCGACCGGAGCGGACAAGGCGAGGACGUUGGAGGCGGUUUCUUUGGUCAUCGAGGCCGUGGAUUCCGUCGCAACCGCGAGACGGGUGAGUUCAGCCGGGGUCCGAGAAGCUUCGGUGACUCUUACUCGCCGUCGCGCUUCGGCGGCGCCACGGGGGGUGAAGAGGCCGGAGCGGCUCGUCCGCGCCCUCCGACGGGCCCGCUCCAGUGGACCAUUCAGAGGGGACCGGAGGCGGGUGGCGUGCGUCGCGACGAGCAGAAUGUACAGGAAGCGGGUAAAUCGAAGGAAGAUGCUGCCAGUGGACUGCAGAUAGGCACUGCUCCCCCCGGUCUCGGCGCGGCAUCUGGGCGGACUGGGGCUGAAAGCGGCGACAGCGCGAACCAGGAGCGCGCUGCGGCCGGCGGUAGCAGCAGCAUCCCCCCUCCAGUAGUGUUGCCAGCCCCGAAAGGCCCCGCCACGAUGGUGUCCGGCUCCGAGAUGACCCCCGAGCAGCAGAGUAUGAUGGCGCAGUUCGCACAGCAGCUUGCGCUGACCCAGCAGCAGGUCCUAUCGGGGCAAAGCGGCGCGCAAGGGACAAACGCAUUUCCGAAUGCCAUGACACUCAUGGGUGCCAGUGGUGGUAGCGACCUUCAGCAGCAGCAACAACUGCAGCAGCAAUUGAUGAUGAUGAUGAUGAUGGCGCAGCAGCAAGCAGCGGGCGCAUCUGCGGUGCAGGGAGCCGAUCCACAGCAGCUUAUGCUGUACAAACAAUACUACAGUUGUAUCCUCAACGGAAUGUCAGAGCAACAGGCGGCGGUAAUCGUUCAGGCCCAGCAACUCCUCCAGCAGCAGCAACAGCAGCUGAUGAAUCAGCAGCUGCUUCAGCAAAGUAUUCAGCAACAACAACAGCUUCAGCUUAGUCUUGCUGGGCUCUUGAAGACUGACACGUCAAAGUCUGGCAGAAGCAAGAAAUAG